AUGAGCAGUUGCCUUGGUGGGGGCAUAAAAGUGAUGUCCAAGGAAGGGGGAGCCGCCAAGGAUGGGCUCCAGAUUGAGAAUAACUGUCCUGGUUCUUCUAGGUCAGCCAGGAGGGUGUCAUAUUCUUCCAGGGACCAGAGGCAUCACAAACAGUUGAGAGCCACUGUAAAGAUGGAAGUUGACAUUCCUGGCCUGAGGAGAAGUCAGUCUAGGGCACACAAAUGGGGUCCACUAUUAUUUCUACUAUUAAUAAAAAUACAUACUACAGAGGAUCUGAAUAGACCAUUUUCCAAAGACGGCAUACAAAACGGGCAGCAGGCACGUGAAAAGAUGCUCAACAUCACUAGUCAUCAGAGAAAUGCAAAUCAAAACUACAUUGACUGUCACCUCACACUGGUCAGAAUGCCAUUCUCAAAGUCUACAAACAAUAAAUGCUAG